ACAAUAGUGCACAGGACCUUGUGCUUAAAGAAAUCUCACAUGUCAAACUGGAAUCUCCUGACUUCCCCCUUGCACAUCGCGUGGGAGUUGUCUUGCAGGCUUUUUCUAUAAACACUUCCUCCUUUUUAGUUUUCAAUAAGUUUUCAAUAACACACUGUCAUAACGGGCGACAGAUCUGUUCGAACUGCACUGUGAGAAAAUGUUAGGCACUGUGGUGUGUUUACCUUUAAUUUUCGUCUGUUGGAGCGACGCAUUACCGACGAGACGCGAUCCGGGUCCAGUCAACAACCGACCGAUUAUUGGUGCGUAAAAAAAAAUAUAUGUUGUUGGGUGAAGCGAUUCAAAAUAUACAAUACAGCAAAAACAAACAAAGAGUAUACAACUGUAUACAAACAUUACAAACAGUUGGGAAUACAGACAAUACAUUAUAAAGACCUGUACAAACAUUGAGUUUUGAUUGUUUUGUUAUGAGAAGAAGAAAUUGUGUUUAUAUAUUGUUCAAUUUAAUUCUAAAAAAAUAAUAAACAGAGGUUUUCGAAUCAUAAAUGUACAUGUAUGAAUAUGAAUUUAGCUAAAAUAACAAUUAGCUUACAUAAAGCAAUAACUUGUUUUGAAGAGAAAUCAAGUCAAUACAUGCAAAAUUGAAACUGUUAUAUAAUUUAAUGAAUUUAAUGAAAAUGAAUUACUUUUGCUUAUUGUGUAGUUCAGUUGUCAUCAGUGCCAUUUCAGAUGAGGGAGGACGAUUUUUUUUUUCAUGAGCAUGGCCUUAUUUCUAUUACAGCAUAUUGGAUGACUGUCAGUCAUAUGCCAUUCACCCAGUUAAAUGUAACAGUGAUAGGUUUAGGCUACUACAUGAUACUCUAAUUUUCCCUAUACACAUCAUGAGGUUGCUACAACCUAGCCUAUGAAUGAAAGUUUACAACUUAGGUGCACACAGGUCGUAAAUACAAAUUUGAUGUGACAAACAGUGAUACAUGGACAGACAGUGACAUUCAAUACCGCCUUGCAUACUCUUGCCUGCAUCUAGCUGAUAGUGGGUGUAAUCAUUAGUCCAACAGUUGCAAACAAGAGUUUCUAUUGGACAAAUUCAGGUAUGUUUAUCCGCAUUUUGUUCCGUUUGCUUCUGUUUAAGACAAGUUUUUCAACAGAAUCGGCAGAAUGAAUACACCCCUGAUCACGCGUUAACACAGUUCACAGUUUCAUAGCAGCCACGUUGUAUUCCUUCUCGCAUCUACGUUAUGCGCUCUCCUCCUUUCACCUCUUCCCAUCGCUUGUGGACAAAACAUCAGCUGUAUGUGACCAGGGAAAAAACCUUUCCAAGCCAAACCGCUACACACAGCCUACAUUGUUGUCACCAUAUUAUCUAAAGUAAUGUCAUAGUCAGCAUAGUUAAUAUAACUAACGUGUUAGUAAACCUGCUACAAUCAUACAGCAACGUUACAGUGUACAGUCAGUAAGCAGUUACACCGGUGGGCCCCAGUGGCAAUAAAUGAGUAAAACCCAAGGCUUACCUUGACUUGGAAGAUUUCCAGUGAUGUGUUGGAUAGUCAUAGCUAGCUAGCUAACAUAGCAUCCCUCUGUUUGAGCAGGGUGUUUCAGUAGGCUAAACUAGCUAGCUACAUUUGCUAGCUAAGUAAGUGGAACUGAAAGUGAAAAAAACAUGACGAAAUCUCUCUCUCUAUUUCUCUCUUGCUUCUCAUUAAUUUAGGAAGAAAUUAAUUUGCUCAAACUGUUCAACUAUUUUCUUUCUCUCUCUUUGAGUCAGCUACUCACAACAUGUUAUGCACUGCAGUGCUAGCUAGAUGUAGCUUAUGCUUUCAGUACUAGAUUAAUUAUCUGAUCCCUUGAUUGGGUGGACAACAUGUCAGUUCAUGCUGCAAGAGCUCUGCUAGGUUGGAGGAUGUCCUCCGGAAGUUGUCAUAAUUACUGUGUAAGUCUAUGGAAGGCGGUGAGAACCAUGAGCCUCCUAGGUUUUGUAUUGACGUCAAUGUACUCAGAGGAGGAUGGAAGCUAGCUGUCCUCCGGCUACACCAUGGUGCUACCCUACAGAGUGCUGUUGAGGCUACUGUAGACCUUCUUUGCAAAAUAGUGUGUUUAAUCAAUUAUUUGGUGACGUGAGUAUAGUUUUAUCUAAAAAUGAUAACUUUUUUAAUGUUUUACCUUUUUUUAAAUAUCAAAUUCACUGAGGAGGAUGGUUCCCCUUCCUCCUCUGAGGGGCCUCCACUGGUGUAGUUUGAGGUCUAUUAUGUAGUCUACAGAUAUCCUCAUCAAACUUCACUGGAACUAUUUGAGAAGUCCUACUGGAUGGACACUGUUAUGGACUGUAGCUUAUAAUUUCUGUAUGUCCCACAGGAAUUUUAACUCAAGAAGUAGAAGAUGAUGUGAUGAAGCCAUUUGGAAAGACCUACAUCCCUGCUUCCUAUGUAAAGUAUAUAGAGUCAGCGGGAAGUAGAGUGGUGCCUAUCAGGUAGGCCGAUAUAAAGUUAGAUAUGUUCAUACUCACUGUUGAAAAGUAUCUGGUUUCCUCUGUUUCAUGUUCAAACAAAGAGAAAUCCAGACACUUUGCACCUCAAAGUUUAUGUUUCCCAAUAGGUAUAUACCAAUAUUACAUCUACAGUGCCAUGAAAAUGUAUUUGCCCCUUUUCAGAUUUUUUCUAUUUUUGCAUAUUUUUGAAACUGAAUGUUAUCAGAUCUUCAACCAAAACUUAAUAUUAGAUAAAGGGAACCUCAGUUGACAAAUAACCAAAAAAAUUGAUACUUGUUUUAUUUAUUUAAUUACAAAGUUAUGUAACACCAAUUCCCCUGUGUGAAAAAGUACAGUAAUUCCCUUCACACUCAAUAACUGGUUGUGCCACAUUUAGAUGCAAUGACUGCAACCAAAUGCUUCCUUUAGAUGUUGAUCAGUCUCACACAUCGCUGUGGAGGAAUUUUGGCCCACUUUUGCAUGCAGAACUGCUUUAACUCAGCGACAUUUGUGGGUUUUCAAGCAUGAACUGCUCAUUUCAAGUCCUGCCACAACAUCUCAAUUGGGAUUAGGUCUGGACUUCGACCUAGGUCAUUCCAAACUAGACUUGAUUGUGUGAUUUGGAUCAUUGUCUUGCUGCAUGACCCAGCUUUUUCACAGCACUGUAAAUAACUGGUUGAACAUAGCAGCCUAUAACUGUGCAUGGCUGGUCAUCCAAAAAUGUAUUUCUCAAAUCUUUAAAACCUUUACCACUUUUAAUCAGUGCCUGUUCCUCUCCUACAGGUUGACUCAGAGUACUGCUGAGUAUGAGAAAAUCUUCAAGUCGAUUAAUGGGUAGGCUAUCAUAUUAUCAUUUUUUUCUGUGUAGGAAUUUUGUGUAUUUUAUUGUUUUUACGUGAUUGCAAACCAAAUGUAAAACGAUUGAUUGAUUGAUUGAUCGAUCUCACAGCCUGCUGCUCAUCGGAGGUUCGUCAGAUCUCGAGACAUCAGACUUUGCCAAGGUGGCAGGGAUCUUCUACAGGCUUGCCCUCAAGGUCAGUGGUGCUCCUGAGUAAAGCUGGCUAAUGUCUGUCUGUGUCUGUCUGUCUGUCUGGCUGUCUGUCUAAUGCUCUGUAGGCCUCUUUUUACAUCUGUCUAUUUGAUUGUAUGUCUGUUUACCAUCAGUAUACAUCUCACAUUCUCCCAACACUGUCUAAUAGACUUAUGUGUUCCCUUGUUUCAGGCCAAUGAUGCUGGAGACUCCUUCCCUAUCUGGGGCACAUGUCUGGGGAUGCAGCUGCUGACUUGUCUGGUGGCUGGAGAGAACCUGCUGACCAAAACCACAGCUGAGAACAUGGCCCUGCCCCUGAACCUCACCACAGGUAUGGCCCAAUCCUUUCACACCUCUGUAGGGGAGUCAAGUGCUAGGGAUAAGGUCAAAGAUACGGUUUGGGACUGGGUCUGAAGACUUCAUUAUGCUGCACAUGCUAAAAUCGACCACUGGAGGGCAGGAAAUACAGGAGGAGCUUCUGAUCAAGACAGAACAAGAGUGGUCUUAUGUCAGAAUCUCAAUGAAGCUCAUGAGGGAAUCUACAUCCUGACAACUCCCACACUUAUUGCAGAACAGUUUCCAUCUUCAUACAGUGCAUUUAUGCUUCCUCUUGGCUGAAUCGAGAGGACUGAUGAAUUUCGCUCCCCAUGGUUGUAACCUAAAAAACGAUAUUGAAUGUCUUUCCUCUCUCCCUGCAGAGGCCCAUUCCAGUCAAAUGUUCGAGGGGUUCCCCAGUGAUGUCAUGAAGGCAUUAUCCCAGGAAGCUUUGACAGGGAAUUUUCACCAUUAUGGAGUGACCGUGAAGGUGCAAUCAGAUUUCAAAUUAAUAUUGCUUAGCGUACAGCUCUGUUGAAUACAAUAUGACUCUGGACUGGUUUUGACUAUCAACUACUUUGCUUAUGGCCUUUGCUUACAGACAUUCAAGGAAAAUGAGAAGCUACAAAGUUUCUUCUCCAUCUUGUCCACGAACACAGCUGAGAAUGGUGCCAUCUUUGUCUCAACCAUGGAAGGUAUAAUCAACAACAAGUAGAACUACAGUUUUAGAUGUGUCAUCCAUUCAGUUAACAAAAUUGUCCUGUAACAGAUCACAGUGAUUUACAUUUUUUUUACAUAAAGCAGUGUGGGUGGGCUGCAUAAUCUGUACGAGCUAUGCUGCACAAAUGUAUGGUUGUUAUUAUUACAAAAUUAUAAUAAUUGUAUUAAUUAAAUUGUAUAGUGCAAUAAUACUAUUGCUCUGAUUGCUCACCACCAGGAAGGACGUCUAAGGAACUAGGUUAUAGUCUGCUCACUGUCAUAAGGUAAUGUGGGAUCCUGUAUUGAGUUUGGAACUGUCUUUGCCCCAGGGAGGACCUACCCCUUCUAUGGGGUCCAGUGGCAUCCUGAGGUGAACCGUUUCCAGUGGGACCCCAAACUCAACUUCCCCCACUCCUCAGACGCUGUACGUGUUGCCUCCCUACUGGCUGAGUUCUUUGUCAAUGAAGGUGGGUAAUCAGAUCACACCUAUUGAAGUUUAAUCGUUGUGUUCUUUACAGUCGGCCAGAUACAGUAUAUUGUAUUGUAGAUUUUAUUUUACGACAGUAUAGUGUUAACUUGUGAGGUUUAGUAAAUAGCGAAAUGUGGCUUUUUGGAUGCACAAUAAAGUUAUAUUCUAUGUUAAAAGGCAGGAGAAGUUUGCAUCACUUCGACCAGCCUGAGGAAGAGGCCAUGUACCUCAUAUACAACUACACACCAACCUAUGCUGGCAACUUCACUGGAUACGAGCAGAUCUACUUCUUCUGAGAUGUUGAAGUUCUGCCUCACAACUCUAUCAUUCCUCACUGAUGUUAUUAUGGGAUGUUAUGAGAAGUUUACCAUGGGCACUAAUUGUUAGCUGUGACAUGUGACAUGUUCAGACACUUCAUAUACAGACUUUUAGAAAUGUUGAGUGAUCAUUGCAACAACAACAACAAAUUAUUAUAUGUAGAAUUGCACCGCAUGAAAUUAUGAUUUUCCUGUAGGCUAAAUACAAAAAGCUUAUUUCUCUCAAA